CGCCUUCCGGCACAGAGUUGGGUUUGGUUGAGGUAGUUUGUGUGCGAAACAGUCGAGGGCCGCGAAGUGGGGGGAGCCAGAGCCGUCUCAGGUGUAGAACUAGAUUCUGAACUAGAUUCUGAAUGUUAUGAAGGAUACGACUCUUGGAGACUAGCAGAAAACUUUGUUGUUUAAUGAAAUAAGCUACUUGGUACUGGAAGCAAUUGUCAUCCUGUUCGAAGCAGGUGGGGGAAAACAUCCUGUGUGACAAGCUCUGGUCGGUGGUAGCUUUUUGCAUUGGCUAGAGCACAGGUUGCUCUCGGAGUAUAGGCCAUGACCAGCAGAGGAGCUGCCAGGCCGAAUGGGCAAUCACAAGCCAGCAAGAUCUGCCAAUUCAAGCUAGUACUGUUGGGUGAAUCAGCAGUAGGCAAGUCCAGCCUGGUGCUGCGUUUUGUCAAGGGACAGUUCCAUGAAUAUCAGGAGAGCACCAUUGGAGCGGCUUUCCUCACACAGUCUGUCUGCCUAGAUGAUACAACGGUAAAGUUUGAAAUCUGGGACACAGCUGGUCAGGAAAGAUAUCACAGUUUGGCUCCUAUGUAUUACCGAGGGGCUCAGGCUGCCAUUGUGGUAUAUGAUAUAACCAACCAAGAAACAUUUGCACGAGCAAAAACAUGGGUGAAAGAACUCCAACGGCAAGCUAGCCCAAAUAUUGUUAUAGCCUUAGCAGGAAAUAAGGCUGAUCUUGCCAACAAGCGCAUGGUAGAGUAUGAAGAAGCCCAGGCUUAUGCAGAUGACAACAGUCUAUUGUUUAUGGAGACAUCAGCCAAGACAGCAAUGAACGUUAAUGAUCUCUUCCUGGCAAUAGCUAAGAAGCUGCCAAAGAGUGAGCCCCAGAGCACAGGUGGUGCUGUGGGGCGGCGAGGUGUGGACCUUCACGAGCAGUCCCAGCAGAACAAGAGCCAGUGUUGUAGCAACUGAAUCGUGGCGUUCAGGCAGCGAGAGAUAAGAUAUAACCUCCAUUUCUACCCCACUCCACCUCCCCUCCCCUCCAAUAACAGCAUUGGCACACUUGGAAGCCGUCCCCUUCCUUCUCCUGAGAGCUCCGUUUAACUGCACUUCUAAUGCUUCAGAAACCAUCACCAGACGUCUGUUAUCACCACCCAAAGGAAAGUGGAGAUAGACCGACCGGGGACUUAACUUCCAAAAACAAACUCUUAUUCACUUUGUAUUAUAGGUGCAAAUAGCUACCUACUUAUUUGGAUUUCCCUGCUCUGUGUUCUCCCUGAUAAUUACUCCUUUCCCUUGCCAUCUUUUACCCCUCCAGCGCACGUGCACCCACACACAUUCACACUGUCUUUGCUCUGAUAAAAUAUGUGUCCUUUGUCCUAUAACAUCUACCACCACCCUGCACCUCCUCCCCUUUCCUUCAUUUUCUUUAAUAAUCUGGGGGACAGUCACAAGGAGAAACAUAAUUCUUGUAGAUUUAUUUUUUAAGAGCAAGAUUAACUGACUUUCUCAAAAAAUACUCAGUUUUUUGAGAGGAUCCUAUUAGGAGGUCUCUUACUCAUUUUCCAUUUUCAGAAAAGCUGCAGUGUCCUCAGUUAACUUUUUUCAGGGCAGAGUUUUGUGGCUAGAUUGGAAAGGAUGGUUGUAUUUGUUUGGUUUUUCCUGACUAUGGCAUGAGAGUGGUCCUAUGUCUCAAUGUCAUGAAUACAGGAAUUAAAUGGUUAUAAAUAUAGAGUAUAAGAAAUACUUUUCAGGACCCUUGGAUUGCUCUUGAUUGUUGCCUUAUAUUUUUUGUUGGCCAGGACAAUACUGGGUGGGUGGGUGGGUGGGGGGAAUGGAAAUAAGUAUGGCUUUUAAAGUUGGUGUUCCAAGUCAGAAGGCCUCUGUUAACAUUCAGUUGUCAGUCCCAUUAGGUGAAGAAAGACGGAAUCGCUGUCUGUGGAAAUAAUCUACAAAGAAGACUAAGUUCUCUUUGUUACCUUGGACCCCGUGUCAGGAUUCUCCUUGGAGAGGUUCUUUCUGCUUAGCCUGCACCUUGCAGUAACCUAUGUACAACCUUUGUCCAUUAAGUAGAAAGGUGUUCUGAGUUGCCAAAAGGAAAAAAGUCCAUGUGUCCUUAGCAAAACUUGAACAGGGACCGUUCCCAAGGGCCACUGCAGAUUUUAGAAGUUUUAAGCUAUGUGGUUGGGAUGCAGAAUGAGAGAAAAAAGGCAGCACUCUUGUUGGCAGGAAAUACGAGCAGGAGGACUAGCACUGUACUUGAUACGUUUUCCUUGCUGAGAAGCGCCAAGUUUUUUGCCUUCUGAAUCCUUCCUGACAUACAAGUCUUGGGUCUGUUACAUUGCUGAGAAGUAGCACUUUGAGUAGCUGCUUGAGCAGUUCCUUCUCUCAGACCUCAAAGGCCAUCGAAACUUGAGAACUGUUUAAAGUAACAGUUUUUUGUGCAUGCAAAAACAAUAAAUUGAGGAGGUGGGUGACUCUGGGAUUUUUACUUUCCUGCUAUUAGCUAAACAAAAGUAAUAGCUUUUAAAAAUUAACUGUAGAUAGUGCUGUGUUGUAAAACAAAGUACACGACACUCUCAAUUCGCCAGCAGCCAUCUGUUUCCUUCAUAAGAACUGUCUCCCCUCUCAGCUGUGGCCUUUACAAAGUUAAUAGCAUAUUCCUCCAGCCCCAUGCUCUCCCCCUAAGUGUUCAUAUUUUUUUCAUGCUUCAAACUUGAGUACAGUUUCUGAAGAGGAGCUGUUUCCCGGUGCUAUCUAGAUCUGGUUUUAGGAGCGUCUCUUGGCUAUAUUACGUCUACUCCAUGCAAAUUUCUCACAUGGUUGAAUGUUCUACCACAACAGCUUGACAUGGGUUUAUAAACACACACAAGCACAUCUUUUCUUCAUUAUCUGCCCAUGCAUUUUAACACUGUGUUUUGCACAUAAUUUCCUCCUGUGUUCUAUAUAAAGGCUUGCAUUUUCUCCCAUUCACUGGUGUAACUUAAGUACUGAGGUCCACUUUAUCGGUGUGAGCAUUUAGCAUUUGAACUCGAAGCCACCCUGUAGCCUUAUGUGGAAACUGUUAAACGCUGCACUGCUGCUGGCCUAUGACUUCACUAUGCGGCCACUAUAAAGGCUAGCUAUCUCUACUGGUGGCUUUAUUGAGCUGGAAGCAAUGAAUGGAGGCAGACUGGCCCACAGCUUUAAUUCUUCAGCAAGAUGCUGUAGGAUUAAGUUGUACAUACUAUAACACCUUCUCUCACCCAAUUCACCCAUACAGUUACCUCUGCAGGUUUAAUCUGGCUUUUCUCUAAAAGGCUCAUAUAGUCUAUAAAGCUAUUUGUGAUCAUCUACAUUACCUUAAGAAUUUCUCAGUACUUCCUGAGACUCAUUUCAGAUCUAAUUCUCAUUUUGUUCAAACCCCCAUAGUUCUACAUGAAUCCUGAAAUGGAGUCUUGUGCUUACAGAUUCAUUAACUGUAAAGCCCUUCUUUGCUGACGGUGCUCUGAUUAAUGUGCAUAAAAUGACACUUGCAGCCAUUGUGGAGAACCCGGGAGGAGUCAGUAAGCGUGUCCUUUCCCUCUUCAGUAAAGCUGAAAUACUGCACUGUGCUCAGUUCAUGGCAACGGAAAAGUAGAUUUUAUAUCUAAGUAUCAAACAAACUCAUUUAUUUCAGUUAUUGCCCACAACUUGUUUUUACUACUUUGCUAUUAGCUCCUAGAUCAAGUGAGGACACUGCAGCUUUCUCUAAACAGAGCAGUCCCCCUUUUUCUUCAACUUACUCUUCUCAUCUGAUCAGAAUUCUUUUUUUUUGAGAAAUUUCUUAUAUUGCAUUUAAAAUAACAAAUCAUGGUAACAGAAUUCAACUGCUGAUUUACCAAUGUAUUUAAUGUAAGUAAACAAAAAUCAGUGUAUUAGA